AUCGGUCCGCGAAUUCGGCGGUGGGGGAACCCACCACGUUGUGAAAGCCAGAGCCGCUGUGAUUGGCGGCGUAUCGUGGGGCGGACUGACGGCAGCGCCGUGUUUUGGAGCUGUGCUCGCGGCUGGAGCGGUGCAGUUGAACCGGAGGGCUCCGCUUGAAAGAGUUCCCGAUCUCUCCCGCUGUCUAUACAAUGGAGCUGCUGCGUUCGGCGUGUGGGGUGCUGGUGCUGGCAGCGCUGGCGACAGCUCACGUCAACCACCGCUCCUCCUGCCCCAUUCCCACGCACCCCAUGAAGGGCUUCGUGCCCAACAAGUUUCUCGGCGAAUGGUACGUGAUGAGAGCAUUCGAUCCGGACGUCUCGUGCCUCGUCUUCAACUACACCACCUGUGGCGAGGGCUGCCUGCGCGUGGUGGAGACCAAGAAAAUCGACCUUAUUGACAACAUCGGCAUCAGCAACGUGUACCAGACGGAGGGCACGCUGAGGAUUGACGGAUCCGAGCCGUCCGAAAUGACGGCUUCCUUCACCACAAACCCCCGCUCGGCUCUCUACACCGUGCUAGCUACCGACUACACCUCCUUUGCCGCCGUCUACACGUGUCAGAACGUCGGUCUCGACGCGCUGCCGCUCUACCACCGACGGGACGUCUAUCUGCUGGCCAGGGACCGGAACACCCCAGUCACACCGGAGGUGGUCGAGCAGGUGAGUGCCGCCAUGGUGGCCAAUAUGAUCGAGGACGAGUUCGCCCCUCUGGACCACAACAGUUGCCAGUCGGCUGAGGAGGCUGAUGUCAGCGUCAAUGUCAGCAAGAUCGGCCAGCGGGUGUCUAGUGUGGCCAGCACGGUGACUGAAGGUCUGAGCAAAUUCGCCUCCAGCAUCGCCGGGAUUUUUUCGAGCAGCGACCCGGACCCGGCCUCUGGAUCGGUCAGCCCGCUGAGGCGCCGCCGCGGGGCGCACUUCUGAGUGGGCUGCUCAGCGGUGACAGCGUGUGUAAUGUGUAUCCUCUCAUCGGGAUAAGUAUCUAACAUCGGCACAGGAUGGAGCGUGUGGACAAAGCAUGCCGAUAGUCCGGGCGCACCUUCGGUUGUCUGUGCGUUAUCAGAUUCAUAUUUAAGACCCGGUGGCACAGCUAGUGUGAUGUAAAUAGUACAGUGGAGAGCAUUUUGAAGCAUGUGUCCUCCACUGUCCACAUUGAAUAAAUUAAAACAGAGUCUUUUGGAUCAUGGGUAAAAGAACUUCAGGAGACUGGUGUCAGUGUCAUGGUGUUGAGCCGUGGACUCGGGAACCGUGGGGGCAAUGGGGGCAAGCUGCCCCCACAACUUGAAGGCUGUGGGGGCGACAAGGCGUGGGGGCGACGCCGCCCCCACAAGUCACAACUUAACUGAAAAUUUCUGCUAAAUAUUUUGUUUUUGUUUUAGCUAUAAAAUGUAAUAUUGGUACUUUUCAAAAUGUAGUGGCCCAAAUGCGGAAAUAAGAAAUGGGGUAGCUUGGUUUUGGGGACCCAAGCUGCCCUUCCUUCCACGGUUGGAUAAAAUGGAAUGAAGGCAAGAAUAAGUGAGCCGACAAAAUUUACUUGGCGUAAAAAAAUCAUUGGUAGCAGUCUGAUAUGGUGGCGUUCUUCUCAUUUCCAUUAAAGUGACCAUCCUACCGAACAUUAGUUUUGAAUUGAGAUAGCCAAAAUGGGGUCCCUAGCUUGCAAUUACCGAAUUGGGCACUCGUCAACGAGAAAUGUUUUAAUUCGGAAAUAUUUAAUUUUAAAUUCUGUAGUUUCCGGAAAUAUUUAAUUUUCAAGUCUGCAGUUUUCAAAUUUUAAGGAGCAAAUGCAUUUUAAUGCCCCCUUCGACGGCGCAGAGGUGAAUUCCGCCGCAGUAAUUCUAAUAUUGUUUACGUUUUUUUUCAAAUUUAUUUGAUUGCGUUAUUCGACAUUUUGCGAAAUGAAGUGGCCAAAAUCCGAGAAGAAAAUUUAAUUUGGGGUACCUUGGUUUUGUCCCCGGAAUCGGUCUCCGCCACAGCCAUGACCCUUGCCCCCACAACUUCAAACUAGUUCCCGCAUCCCUGUUGAGCCCUUUAAUUGUGUAGUGUGGCGCGACAUAUAACUUGUGUAGUUAAUGCUUGCUUCACUGCUGAUAGGCGUUCACAGAUAAAGGCAACUGACGUGGGCUGCCCCGCUCCUAAAAUAGCACCUUCAAGUCUCGCUGUUCAACAAGUGUUGAAAUCACGACGAAGAAGUGUUAUGAUGCGCGGUUCACCAAGGUAUUAUGUAGCCCAAGACGAUAAGCGCAGAUAUUGAACAUGCUCUCUAUAUUGACUGUCUUAUCUUGCAGGAUAUGUAAUGAACCGACACUGCUGCAGUGGUGCAAAUACAGCAGGUAACCGCAGGUUGUUGUUUCAUUAGACAAACACUAUUCGUUAGAAUUGUGUUUUUCUAUUGAAAAACAACCGGAGCGGUCCUUCUCCGGGCUAUGUUUUGCAUGGCUGGCCGCGAAUUUAUUGUGCGGGAGUGAUAUUGAGCGUACCGCUGUUUGAUCCAUGUCAGGUGAAAUAUACUGCGAAUAGUUUC